CAGCUGGGUGAAAUGGUUUUCUGCUGCUUGGUUAACUCAUGUUCAUGUGCACGUGAGCGUACACACGCGGGACUGUAAUGACCAAUCAGCAGAUAUUGUAAACCCUCAGUUUGCUGAGCUGAUGAGUGGGGUUGGUAGAGCGAGACUCCACGCAGAGAGACGCUGCACACGCGGGGAACAGCACUCCGUUUCCGUUACAGUCACUGUGGCGUGUCCUUCUGAACGCUCCGCACACAGCGAUCCUUUCCACUGUCAGUCAAAACUGGAAGGACUAUGACAGAUAGACCCAUCUGCCAGUUUGGAGUGAGCCAGCUGGGAAGAUAGAACAUUUGUGACUUCUACAUCUCCAUCACAAAGAUGAGGAAUAUUAUCCUGGGCAUUGUUUGUCUCUGUAUUUGCCUGACCCUUGAUGAUGCACUGGCUUUAAAUGGAUGGAGGACACACACAGCAGAUGGAGAGGGAAUAGAAGCAGCCAUCAGAGGAGAGAAGUUGCUGAAACGAGUGAGGCGAGGCUGGAUGUGGAACCAGUUUUUCCUGCAGGAGGAGUAUACAGGCUCUGACUACCAGUAUAUUGGCAAGCUCCAGUCAGACCAGGACCAUGGCGAUGGCUCAGUAAAGUACGUUCUUUCUGGCGAGGGGGCUGGCACCAUCUUUGUCAUUGAUGAGAAUAACGGCGAUCUGCACGCCACGCGCCGCCUUGAUCGAGAGGAGAAGGCCUUUUACGUCCUCAAAGCCACAGUGGUCAACAAGUGGACGGGUCAAAAACUGGAGCCAGAGACCGAGUUCAUCAUCAAACUCCACGACAUCAAUGACAAUGAACCAAAGUUCAGCAAAGAGGUGUACACUGCCAGUGUUCCUGAGAGGUCUGAUAUUGGUACAUCGGUCACCCAGGUGACAGCUACAGAUGCUGAUGACACAAUGUAUGGGAACAGUGCCAAACUGGUCUACAGCAUCAGUCAAGGACACCCAUACUUCUCUGUGGAGCCAAACACUGGUGUGAUCCGGACAGCCCUGGGUCCUGGUGACAUGGACCGUGAGCAGAGGGAGCACUACCAGGUGGUGAUUGAAGCCAAGGACAUGGGUGGACAGAGAGGAGGCCUCACUGGGAGCACUGUGGUUAAAAUCACUCUCACUGACGUCAACGACAACCCUCCCCACUUCACUCAGAGUAUAUACCAGUUCAGAGUUCCUGAAUCAUCCAAGUCCGGCUCUGUCGUUGGGAGAAUUCAGGCCACUGAUAAAGACAUUGGAAAGAACAGUGAGAUGGACUUCACAAUCAUCAGCGGUGACGGGAUGGAAAUGUUUGACAUCUCCACUGACAAAGAAACACAAGAAGGACUCAUCACUGUCAGAAAGCCUUUGGAUUAUGAGAAGAAACCAUCAUACACGAUAGAGAUCCAGGUCCAGAACACCCAGGAAUAUGUUCGCUUCAUGUCCUCAGGCCCAAAAGACGUGGCUACGGUUCGGUUGGCCGUGGAUGAUGUGGAUGAGCCGCCUGUGUUUGAAAAAGCCAGCUACCUGUAUGAGGUGAAAGAAGAUGUAGCGGUGGGCACAGUAGUGGGCUCAGUCAGCGCCAUGGACCCUGACAGAGCUCGCAGCAUUGUCAAUUACUCCAUCGACCGCCGCACUGACAGGGGCCACCUCUUCAACGUCUAUCCAAUGAAUGGAUCUGUGUUCCUGCUCAAAAGCCUGGACAGAGAGACGACUGCAUGGCAUAAUAUUUCAGUUGUUGCCACAGAGCUGAAUAAUCCCCGUCAGAGCAGCAGCGUCAGUGUCUACAUCCGUCUGCUGGACAUCAAUGACAAUGCUCCCAUGUUUGCCACUGUGUAUGAAACCUUUGUCUGUGAGAAAACCAAGGCUGGCCAGCGGAUCCAGACAGUGAGUGCUGUUGAUGCUGAUGAGCCACCAUCAGGACACAAGUUUGCCUUUAGUCUGGCUCCAGAGGAGACCCACCACAGAAAUUUCAGCGUCAGAGACAAUGGAGAUAACACUGCUGGCAUCCUGACUGGCCGAGCCACCUAUAGCCGCCUUCACAAGAGCGUCUACCUGGUUCCUGUGGUGAUCACCGAUGAUGACUACCCCAUGCAGAGCAGCACUGGCACACUUACUGUGAGGGUUUGUACCUGUGACCAUGAAGGCAACAUGGAGCUGUGUAACCGCGAAGCUCUGAGUAGCUCGCCUGGCCUCAGCACAGGAGCCCUCAUUGCCAUCCUCCUCUGUGCCAUCAUACUCCUCUUGGUUGUGGUUCUAUUCACAGCAUUAAGACACCAAAGGAAGCAGGAACCUCUUAUUAUCUCCAAAGAAGAUGUCAGGGACAACGUGGUUAGCUACAAUGAUGAGGGUGGUGGCGAGGAGGACACCCAGGCGUUUGAUAUUGGCGCCCUGCGACACCCAGCUGCUGCAGCUGCCUUGGAUGAGGGUGCUAAACAGAGGCGUGACAUCAUCCCUACUGAUACUCUGCUGUAUCCAACAAUUCGCCACCCUGCCCCAGCUCCCUCCAGCCUGCUUAUGCCUCCAAUACGCAUGGCUGCACGUGAUAAUGGGGAUGUAUGCGAGUUCAUCGACCAGAGAGUGGUGGAGAAUGACUGCAACCCCAAAGCGCCACCGUACGACUCACUGGCCACGUAUGCCUAUGAAGGAGCGGGGUCAGUGGCCGAGUCGCUCAGUUCACUGGGCUCGGCUUCAUCCGAGGCUGAACAGGACUACAACUACCUGAGUGACUGGGGGCCCCGUUUCAGGAAACUAGCUGACCUGUACGGGGCUGAGGACAGUGACUUCUAACAGUUACACCGUCCGUGUCAAAGAUGAGUUCAGGUGACAUUUAGACCAUUGCAGAUCUGAGGACAGCAACAUCCAAGCUACUAAACUGAGAGAGUUGCCUCUUAAAAGUGCUUUAAGAAAAUGUGAGAACUUGAGCACACAUAGACUUCAUAUAGAACCCAACAGAUGUGCUGGUAGGUGCGAAUGCCUAUAAAGCAAUAUUUGAGAUCACCAGCUAACCUUCGAUCUGUCCUCACUGCACACCCGUCCAGAAACAGAGUUUACCAAGUCAUUUUCAAAGGGGAUAAAAGUCUUAAAUCUCUAUUUUUGGAAUCUUAUGUAGAAAUGUUAAUCAACUAUCAUAACGGUGAAGCCCAAAUAUCUUCAGCUCUAAUCAUAGGAAACUUUCAAAGACUCGUGGCAGGCCUAAAUGAGGUUUGACUUCUUUUGCUUUCAUUCUUUCUUUCAGCUAAGUGCCCUUCUGCUGCCCUGCAAACAGAACAGUGGACGCCUGUUGGCUGGCUGAGAAUGGAGGGGCCGACUUACUCCUACAUGAUUGUUUGUCCUUUUUGCUUUCUUGUUCUGGUGGCAGAACUGUGGUGAACUCAUUAUACUGGAACUAUAAUCAGUUCUAUGCAUCUUUAAUUUCACCAGAGUCUUUUCCUAUUACAAAAUACAAGUUUAUAUAACAAAAAAAGUUGAGUAAUGUUUUCUUUGACAGUAUGCUUUAUAGUUUCCAUCAUGUACAUGGAGAGUCCAUGCCUUCACAGCAGGGGUGUCACUCUUCAUGCCACGGUGGAGAGAAUGAUUGAAACAAAGCUGCAUUCGCCAUGUUUUACAUGUAAUGUUAAACAUCAAAUCUCCAGGAAAAUAAUCAUAAAGUGUGGCUACAGACAGGCGCAUUGAGCAGUCCUGUACAUCUCUCAGGAGCUGGUGAAGACUCGGACACUCUUAACAUCAAGACACAGUUGAACAAACUGUAUGCUAACACAUCCACCAUACCAAGAACACUGUAAAUAAGAUGCCUUGUCCAGUGUGUAGGAUACAGGGGGAUCUGUUGUCAGAGAUGUGAGUGCAGUAUCCAAAAAUAUGUUUGCAUCAGUAUAAUGUAAAAAUAUUGAUACAAAUAAUAUCAGUUUUUUGCUAGAAAUAGAGAACAUAGACAAAGACCUCUUAAAUACUCUAGAAGUCUGCUUGUGUGAUGAUCUAGAAUGAAUGGUGCUGUACAGCACCAUAGUGCCGGGGUUACUCAUACAUGAUCAUACGAGUAACCCCGGCACCAUGGUGCUGUAACCCAGAACUCUUCAACGACUUCCAUCACGUUUCGAUCAAUGACUGUAGAAGGUUUCGAUAUUCACUGGUGAUCACAGCGACAGCAGCCGCUCCUCUGCAGCCUGUAUUUGGAUUUCAGCCACAAAGCAAACAAUGGUAGAAAAUCUAUAACAGCAGCCUCCUGCAAGCUUCACCUUUAACCACCUCAACCAGAUGGAAGUGUCUGACUAACAUCUAGUUACCAUUUGAAAGCAUGCACCAGAAGGAAGUGUGUGUUGAUGUAAAUUCUUAACUAACCCAUUAGCAUGCAUUAGCAGAAUGCUAUUGAUUUUGUGCAACAAUCACUUCCUUAUAAGAGCAAUGAAAGUACGUGAGUCAUUCUGAUGUGAACAGAGAAUUUAAAAUGGGGGCUAAUAUUUAGAAUCAGAGGUAAAUAACAAGUUACGCUCCAUUUAGCUUCAUUGAGAACCAUGUUGGGAGCUCCUGCUUCUGCACCCUGACUGAGCUGAAGCCAGUUUCUGUAAAGUGGAACAACCAGGAACUCAAGACUCCAACUUUUCUUUACAUGGGCCGAAACAGCAGGGAAACAGCCUUACAGUAACAUCAAGAAAUUCAAAGUAAGCAUUUAGCUUGUCACCAAAGUGUCAGUGAGAUAGCACAAAUUUCACUUCACGGGGUUUGUUAGACUUGUAUUCAAAUCAGUGGUAACAAACUGUUCCAGGUGAAUUUGGUUCAAAGGUGAAAAGCAGCCCUGCUUCAGUCAGCAAAGCCCUCGUGGGUUUUUUGGUGACUGGUUACCUUGUUUUCAGUUUCAUAUCCGUUGCCGUCUCCUCUGUAGUUCAUAGUUUGAUUAUGAUCAAAAUGUUUUUGCCUUGUGGUCUUGUGGCACAGAUUUCACUCACUGGUUUUUGUGGAUGAGAAAAAGGAAACCAGUUUGCCUCCUUCACUGGUUUAUCUGCUUGCUUCCUUCAGCUUUUGUUUUUAAAUGCUGUAAUUAAGUAAAACUGGGGCAGUGAAUUUGUCCUUAGCUUUAGUGUCACACUAAUUAAUGAAGCUGAAGGUGAAAUCACAACCGCCAACCUCAGUGAUACGUCAUGAUUUUAUAUCAGGAGUUUUGUAUUGUUUGUCUCACUAAAAGCAUCAGUUUGUUCCAGCUGUGUUUCGUGACCCUGCUCUGUCCACUUGUUUUUCCUUUGGCUCUGUAUAUUUACAGGACAUGAUGAUGAUAUUCUGAGAAGGGAAAAACCUCAAACGCCACCCAGCUUCACUGUCUGAAACUCACUGUGGGCAGUCUACUGUCUAUAUACGAUGAUGUAUUACUGCUUUUUUAAUUUGAUGAAAAUAAACUUUUGUAUUGAA